AUAUACACACACACACGCACACCCAGCGGCAGCAGAGAGACAGAAGGAACUCGAACCCACACACGGAGGGACCGCUUUCGUUUAUUUAUCUGUUUUGUGUUGAGUUGUGUUCCUUUCCCCAUCGAGGAUGAACGGAGUGACCAGAAGCCUGUGCACCUUCGAGGACAUCCGGCGUCCGGAGCAGGGGGACGGGUGCAGGCGGCUGCGGCUCACGCUGCACGACCAGCGGCAGGAACCUCGCGGCUCCGAGCAGCACAGGGACAAGCCAAUUGGACGUGCUUUUGCGCUGGUGCAGCCGGCCAAUGAUGACAGGACGGCUCUGAACCCCGAACCGGGCAAAUGUAAAGAGGAGCAAGUGGAGGUUAUCAAGGUUUAUCUAGAAGCCCGCAAACAAGAGCAGCAGAAACACCAGGAGAGCCUGCAGAUGCUGUCAGACGAAGUUUCCCAGAUACAGGAGGUGAGGUAUUGCCUGAAAACGCUGAGGGAGCAGAUGGCAGCCAAAAACAAGUCGCUCACAAACGGGUGGAAAGUGGGUCUUCCUUUCAGAAAGAGUCCCCCGUCCCCGAGCACAAGGCCCACAUCAGACGGUGAGACACAGGAAGCAGACGAAGAAGCGGAGAGAGCCAAGCUGAGGGAGGUCAGCAAGCGCAUGUACGCACAGCUCCAGGAAGCAGAGAAGAAACACCAGGAAGACAAAGAGAGGCUGCAGGCUGAAAGCCGCAGCCUGAGAGAGCGUCUCUGCGACGAGGCGGAGAGGUUGAAGAUCACAGAAGCGGACAGCGAGCGGAAAGACGAGCGCAUAGACGAGCUCCAGAGGCUGCUGGGAGGGAUGCAGCAGGAGAGCACCACCCUGCGAGAGGCGAUACGCAGCCGCGAGGACGAACUGCGCGAACUGCGCAAGAUCCGAGAGGAGGGCCAGGAAGGGGAGCAGAGGGCCGAGAAGCUGGAGCGGGAGGUGGCUAUACUCAGAGAAAAGAUCCACCAUCUGGACGACAUGCUGAAGAGCCAGCAGAGGAAAGUCCGACACAUGAUUGAACAGCUCCAGAACUCGCGCAUGGUGAUCCAGGAGAGGGACCGCGUGAUCAAAGAGCUGGAGGAGAAAGUGGCUUUCUUGGAGGCUGAGAACCGAGAAAUGCAUGACCAGAUGGACUACUUCCUGGGAGGACAACGGUCAAAUUCCUACCUUUCAACAGAGCGCAACCCCCAGAUUGUCUACAGUAAACCAAUCAAGCCGUCCAACUCAUCCAACAAACCACUCCCUUUCAUCAAAGUCAUCGAGAUCAAGUCAUGAAGCGACUGUGCAGAAGAACUCCAGCCCGUGGUCAAGAGCCGCCAAAUCUUAGCAACGCAGACUCAAACUGGACGGCGGUUCCACGGCCCCCGUCUGAUCCCUUUUCAAUGGCUGUGGUGUCCGAGCUGAGCUUCCUGGACUGAAACUGGAACACUUCAACUUAUGCCACAAACCCCGUUGGAGGGUCACGUGCACCGGGCCUCGCUGUGUGUCUGUGCAUAAAGAAUGAGCGUGUGAGCUUUAGGGUAGAUCCAUUACGCGUGCUGAUGUGCAUUUGUUUAUGAGUAUAAUACUGUGUACUGCAAGUGUUCCCCUGUGCUGCCCUUUUGCCAAAGUGGGUUAUGACAUUAUGAAGCUUAUAGACGGCAAUGUAGCAAACAUAGCUAACUAAGCUAAAGUUGUUUUUUUUUAAAUCGUUGACCAGAUGAUCUACUUCAUGUGUAAUUAAUACUCACCAACCCAUGACUGCUCACAUUUCGCUGAGUCAACAGGAAGAUGCUUACUGACUGACGUUUUUUAAAUAAGUUUUAACCCCCGAUACAAUAUGUCAUUAUUGUACAAAUUUCUUUUAAACCAUUUCAGUUCUUUGCCUGAACAGCCAGCUUAUUUUGUACAUCUUUUAAAUGAAUGUGAUCUAAGUUACGUUCUACCUAACAACUUUUUCCCUUGUAUUUAUUUAUCUAUAAAAAUAAACAGAUUGUAUAUAUUAAAUACG